AUGCUGCUGGCGAGAUGCAUGCUGGCGGUGUUCGUCUCCGCACUGCUGAUGUGCUCGGGGCUGGGGUGCGGACCCGGCAGGGGAUUUGGGAAGAGGCGGCACCCCAAAAAGCUGACCCCUUUAGCCUACAAGCAGUUCAUCCCCAACGUGGCCGAGAAGACCCUAGGGGCCAGCGGACGAUACGAAGGGAAGAUCUCGAGAAACUCGGAGCGAUUCAAGGAACUCACCCCCAAUUACAACCCCGACAUCAUCUUUAAGGAUGAAGAAAAUACGGGAGCAGACCGGCUGAUGACUCAGCGCUGUAAGGACAAACUGAACGCGUUGGCCAUCUCGGUGAUGAACCAGUGGCCCGGAGUGAAACUGCGGGUGACCGAGGGCUGGGACGAAGACGGCCACCACUCAGAGGAGUCGCUGCACUAUGAGGGCCGCGCGGUGGACAUCACCACGUCAGACCGAGACCGCAGCAAGUACGGCAUGCUGGCGCGCCUGGCCGUCGAGGCCGGCUUCGACUGGGUGUACUAUGAGUCCAAGGCGCACAUCCACUGCUCCGUGAAAGCAGAGAAUUCGGUGGCGGCCAAAUCCGGCGGCUGCUUCCCGGGCUCGGCCACGGUGCACCUAGAGCAGGGCGGCACCAAGCUGGUGAAAGACCUGCGUCCCGGGGACCGCGUGCUGGCGGCCGACGACCAGGGCCGACUGCUCUACAGCGACUUCCUCACCUUCCUGGACCGCGACGACGGCGCCAAGAAGGUCUUCUACGUGAUCGAGACGCGGGAGCCGCGCGAGCGCCUGCUGCUCACCGCCGCGCACCUGCUCUUCGUGGCGCCGCACAACGACUCGGCGGCGGCCGGGGAGCUGGAGGCGCCGUCGGGCGCGGGGCCGCCGCCGGGGGGCGCGCCGGGGCGCCGGGCGCUCUUCGCCAGCCGCGUGCGCCCGGGCCAGCGCGUGUACGUGGUGGCCGAGCGCGGCGGGGAUCGCCGGCUGCUUCCGGCCGCCGUGCACAGCGUGACGCUGCGCGAGGAGGCCACGGGCGCGUACGCGCCGCUCACGGCGCAGGGCACCAUCCUCAUCAACCGGGUGCUGGCGUCGUGCUACGCGGUCAUCGAGGAGCACGGCUGGGCCCAUCGGGCCUUCGCGCCCUUCCGCCUGGCGCACGCGCUCCUGGCCGUGCUGGCGCCCGCGCGCACGGACCGCGGCGGGGACGGCGACGGCGGGGGCGGCGGCCACCUGCCCCAGCCCUCGCCGGCUGCGCCCGAGGCGCCGGCUGCGGCCGACGCGCCGGGUGCCGCGGGCAUCCACUGGUACUCGAAGCUGCUCUACCAAAUAGGCACCUGGCUGCCGGGGGUGCUGUGUGUGGGUGCCGCUACGCCCCCACCGCCAGCCUCUUCACCGCCACCGCCCGCCCUGCGGGCCUGGAGGAGGCAGCCCUGGCAGCAUCGCCCAGAACCUUCUCCCCAGGAGGCAGGAGGCCGGGGGUGGGCGCGGGAGGAGACCCGGGGGGCACGGGGUGCUGGGUCAGGUGGCCCGCUGCCGGCGGCGCGGUCCUCCCCGCGCGCGGGUCCAGGACCGCGGGCCUUGAGCAGCCUCCCGCACCUGCAGCCUCCGGUCCCUGAGUGGAGUCGCAGCGCCCUCUGCGGGCCGCGGCGGGAGACGGUGGGCGCGCACCUGCCCGCGGACCCGCCGGUUUGA